CAGGCUGUCACCGCCAAGCACAAUACCAGGCCUGGGAAAACUGUGCAGUGGGCAGGCCGCGCCGCCCUGCUUCCUGGAGAAAGGGAGGCCGAGCUUCUCUCCCUGCCACCGGCCACCCUCACCCAGUUAGGGAAGCAGGCGCCCAGGGCUGUGAUGCAGGGCCCGUCAUCUCCUGCUUCCCGGGCUGUGUCAUCUUGGGUAGCUUUGUUGCCUGUCUUCCUUUUUGGUAACAGCUUUAUUAGAUAUCAUUCCCACACCAUAUAAUUCAUCCAUUUAAGAUGGACAAGUCAACGGCUUUUAGUAUAUUUACAGAGUUGUGCAACAACUCUGUAGUCAAUUUUAGGACAUUUUCAUCACCCCCAAAAGAAACCCUGUACCCAUGAGCAGUCAGUACUCAUUCUCCUUCCCCCUCCCCCAAACCUGGAACCACUAAUCUACUUCCUGUCUCUAUGGGUCUGCCUAUUCAGGACGUUUCACAUGCAUGGAAUCAUGUAAUACAUGGUCUUUUGUGGCUGGCUUCUUCCACUUAGCAUCAUGAUUUCAAGGUUCACGGUUUCAAGGUUCAGCUGUAAUGUAACAUGUAUCAGUACUUCAUUUCUUCUUAUGGCUGAAUAAGACUCUACUUUAUGGUUAACCAUUUUGUUUAUCCAUUUAUCUGUUGUUGGACCCUUGGGUGGUUUCCACUUUGGGGCCUUUAUGAAUAAUGCUGCCAUGGACAUUCAUGUGCAAGUUUUUCUGUGACUGCUUCAGUUUUCUUCUCUCUAACAUGGGGACAUGGGAAUUCCCUGGCGGUCCGGUGGUUAGGACUCCGCGCUUUCCCUGCCGAGGGCCCGGAUUCGAUCCCUGGUUGGGGAACUAAGAUCCCACAAGCCGCGGGCGGCGCAGCCAGUAAAUAUAUAAAUAAAUAAAUAAAAUAAAAUAGGGAUAAAAAUGCUAACCCUGGCCCAUCCCUGCCUCCUCAAGUGGGCUCAGAGAGAAAAGCUGCACGACAGCAUGAGGGGCUGUGAGGGGCAACUCUCACCCCACCCCCGGCAGUUCUUUUGGCCGGAAGGGCUGUGUUGGGGGCUUGCUGGGGAGGAGGGAGGCUGCAUCUCCGCCCCCAGAGAUGGCACAGCCAGCUCAUCACCUUGACCCAGAAAAGUCCCACUUGCUAUGUGAUCUUGAACAGUGGCCAGGAGACCUGCUCCAAUGACGGGGGUUGAAUGGGGUGACUCCUUGGCUCUUCUAGUCCACGCAGGGCUCUGGAGUCCUAAGGAGUCCUAAGCUCUUCCCUGGGGGGCGGGGCAGGGCGGAGAUGGAGGCCAGAAAGAGACUUAGUUCAGGGAUUCACCUCUGGCCCCAAGGCCUUUGGGUGAGUUGGGGGGGAGUGAAGGAAUGGGGGUGAGGGGGUGGAGAACUCGUCACCCUCACUCUUAUAUGACCAUGGACAAUGGGCACUUCUUCGUAUCCCCCGCCUUAGCCAAGCCUCACCAUAGCCUGUGAGGGAGUGAGGCAGGGCUUAUUAGCUCCAUUAUACAGAUGAGGAAGCUGAGGCCAGUGGAAGUGCUACCCAAGUCCACGGCUAACACGCAGCGGAGCUGGAGCUCUCCAGGUCCAGGCGAUCUGCCUGGCCCCACUGUGGCAGGCUGCCUGCCCCAGGCUCAAUCAACAGCUAGCGUCUCUUGGAGCCCAAGACUUUCCAACCCCUGGGGAGGGGGGGGGGUGAGUGCAUGGGUGGGGGAACUACAUUCUCUUCCUCUGCAGAGAAAAAUAUAGGAUGAAUUUUUUUAAGGUCAUCCAGGCACUGAGCUGUUGACAGGGGAAUUUCUGUUGAUUAGCACUGAUAAUAGCAAUUUAUUGGGUACCUACAAGAUGCCAGAUGCCUUCACACACACUAAAUCAUUGAAUCCUCAGCAACCAGGGGAAUUCCCUGGUGGUCCAGUGAUUAGGACACGGGUUUUCACUGCCGUGGACCUGGGUUCAAUCCCUGGUCCGGGAACUAAGAUCCCACAAGCUGUGUGGUGUGACCAAAAAACAAAAACCUCAGCAGCCUUGCAUGGUAAGCAUUCGCAACCCCAUUUUAGAGAGGGGGAACCUGGGGCUAAGGAAAAAUCUCCAACAUUCCUAAGAGCUCACCAUGCCCUGGUCCUGUUCUAAGCAUGUAGAAAGUCAUUUAAUCCUCACAGCAACCUCUCUGUGAAAUAAGAACCCACAUUAUCCCCAUUUGACAGAGGAGGAAACCAAGUCAAAGGUUAUGAGUGUUGACCAAGGCUGCACAGCUGGUAGGUAGAGGAGCCAGGAUUCAAACCCAGACCUUUUGGGUCCACAUUCGCCCACAUUCCCACCUGCCAUGUUGGAACUGUUGAGUGGCUUGCUUGAGGUCACCAAGUUACAGGUGACAAAGCUAAGAUUCAGACCCAGGUCUGUGGAUUUGAAACUGCUAGCAGUUGUGCCACACUGUGUCCUGGAUCAUUGGCCACUUUACCCAUCCCACCUCUUAGGGCCCCAAGUUAAAGAAUUGAACUUCAAGCUGGAAGGACUUUUGGUUAGUCUCAGUCAGCUUGGAUCACCAUUAACAAAAUACCCCAGACUGGGGGCUUAAACGAGACAUUUACUUCUUACAGCUCUGAAGACUAGAAGUCCGAGAUCAGUGUGCCAGCAUGGUCUGGCUCUGUCUGGGGACAGCUCUUGUCCUAACUUGUAGACCACCCCCUUCUGGCUCUGUCCUCACAAGGCAGGGAGAAAGGAGGCAAGCUCUGGGUGGGGGGGUGUCUGUCCUUCUAAGGACACUAAUCCCAUCAUGGGGGCCCCACCCUCCUGACCUCAUCUAAACCUAGUUACCUCCCAAAUGCCCCAUCUCCAAAUACUAUCACAUAGGAGGGGUUAGGAUUUCAACAUGUGAAUUUUAGGGGAACACAAUUCAGCCCACAGCAAGGUUCUAUGACCAUUUUGUCUUUCUGGGGAGGACACUGAGUCAGGCAGGGGUUGUGAGUGGCCUGAACUCACUCUGUCAGGAGUAGCAGGCAGGCCCAGCCCUCCAGACCUGUGUCCAGAAGCUGCCCACCCUGGACCACACUCACCUGUACCUCUCUCUACCCCUUCCAGACGGAGCCUGUGGCUGGUGAGGCCGCCGAGCAGGGCCAGGCCGGGCCCUGCCCGCAAGGACGCCCAAGCCCUUCACCGGCCCCUGUGCCUGGGAGCCCACCAGGCUCUCCCACUGGCUCCGCCAUGACUUCGGAGCCCACGCCACCCCCGGUCGUGCCCCCGCUCCACUCCCCCAAGUCCCCUGUCUGGCCCACCUUCCCAUUCCACCGGGAGGGCAGCAGGGUCUGGGAGCGAGGCUGUGUCUCACCUCGGGACCUGCCCAGUCCCCUGCCCACCAAACGGACCAGGACGUAUUCAGCGACAGCCCGUGCCUCGGCUGGCCCCGUGUUCAAGGGUGUCUGUAAGCAGUUCUCACGCUCACAGGGCCACGGCUUCAUCACCCCGGAGAACGGGUCAGAGGACAUCUUCGUGCAUGUGUCUGACAUCGAGGGGGAGUACGUGCCAGUGGAAGGCGACGAGGUGACCUACAAGAUGUGCCCUAUCCCGCCCAAGAACCAGAAGUUCCAAGCCGUGGAGGUGGUGCUCACCCAGCUGGCGCCACACACUCCCCACGAGACGUGGUCCGGCCAGGUCGUGGGCUCCUAGGCUGGCUGGCUCCUGUGCUAGCCGCCAGGCGUGGGGGGAGCCACACAGGGUAGAUGGGCAGCAGCCAGCUCCACGCCCCAUGGCACUGGCUGAGCCAGUCCCCCGGGCGGCCUCGGUGUGCACGUCUGUCUGUCUGUGCUUGUGGACAUGAGUGUGUGCCUCCAUCCACCCCGUGACUGUUGUGUGAGUCGGACCGAGGGGGAGGCCACCAGACCCGCCUUCCCUGCUUUCCACUCUCUCUCCUUCCUCCCCUCCCUGCCACAUACGCACAGGACCCUCCUGCCCUCCUCACACCCAUCUGCGUGUCCACUGAGGCUCGGCGGGCCUGCGUCAGGCUGGGGCCGGAGUCGGGGCAGUGGUGGGCCCCGCCCCACCCCAAGCUUGCUCUCCUUGCUCUGCUCCAGGCCUGGCCCCGGGGGCCAGACUCUGCUUGUGCCACACACCCCCUCCCCCCGGGCGGGGGUCUCCCGCUGUGACCUGGACCCCUCCCCUCAGAAGCCAGGUCACUGAGCGCUUUGGGGGAGCCUCCCGGCCUCUUGCCGGGGAAGAGAGUGAAACCUGGGGGCAGAAAGGCCACCCUCACGCCCCCCAUGGCCAAGGCCCAGCCUUCCCUCCUUCCUGCUCUCUCUCAGCACACUUGAGGCAGGAAAGAGGGGCCUGGGGGCAGAAGGCAGUUUGGGGGGCUCCUGUUUUGCUGGCCAGCCCCUCCUCCUCAGCCUGGCAGUGGCUUUGGGAACCCCAGACUGAGGCUGUGUCCACUUCCCUGGGCCUCGCGGAGCCUUGCUGCCCCCACUCCCCGCUGGGGAGGCAAAGGUCUGCAGAGGGCGGGGAGCAUGGCUCCCCCGGCUUGGAUGGAGCCACCCCCUUCGCCCUGACUCACAAGCCCACUGAUGCUCUGCCCGCGUCCAGCCAUCAUGGCCGCUGAGGACCCAGCGAUGAACGAACACACAUCCCCUCAGGCGCGCCAGCCUCAAGAAUAGCUCUCAGCCUGGGAGACCACCAGCCCUGCAGCCCCCUUGCUGGACCCUCUUCCCAAAGCCAUGGGACAGUGGCGCCCACUGGCCGCCAACAGGCCAGCGGCUGAGGUGUGGUCCCUGCCUUGUCCAUCCCUUAAGAUGUGUGGUGUCCCUCUUCCUUUUGGGCCAGGAUGUGUUUGUGUGCAUUCACUCCUGGGCAGGGGGUUGGCCUGGCCUGGGAGGUCAGGAAGGAGGGGCUCUACCUCCAUCCCCCCCGCCCCCCAUGAAACUCCCCUCCAGAGAACACAUCACCUGAUGGGGGAAGAAAUGGGGUUCAAGGGAGGACCUGCCAGGGAGUGAUCCUUAUGAAACCCAGUCUGAGUAAAACAGAUGCCAAGGAUGCGGGGGUCAGUGACUGUCUAGGAGGAUCCCCAGCCCUGUAGGUGCCCCAAGGCCCCAGGGGAGACACCGGCUGAGGUAUGUGUAUCUCACCCCUGACCCCAGCACAGAGGCUGGAAGACCAGAGCUGCUAAGAUGCGCUGGCCAGCCCCCUAAAACUCAGAAUGGCCCAGCCUGACCCCCACGUUGAGCUGGGGCUACUCUAGCAAGGCCUGAGGCCUUUCCCCUGAGGAACAAGGCUCCCUGGCUUCCUUGGCAGAAGGUUAACUCUUGGGAGCCCCCAAGACACCCUCCCCACACACGCACCGGGAGUAGGCCCCCCGCUUUAGGCACCAACCAGGAAGCAGGCUGUGGUAACGUCAGCCCUGGGGCCGCCCCACAGUGUCCAGUCAGACCUCCUGAGACCCCCAGCCACCUGGACUCCCCAUCCUUCCUCACACUGGCAAUAAACCCUCAACUGUGACUCAGCCUGGCCCAUAGCUGCCUGUCUGUCUGGGUCCCAGGGGAAGGGGCUGGGGGAGGACACCCCAAACAGCCCUUGUUUGGGGCUUCAAUGGCCCACCCUCCUCUACUGCAUCAGAUUCCCUGUGUG